UUCUGGCAGCCAGUUGGAUGCUGUUGUGAGUAGAGAUCAUUCACGCCCACUUCACUGUCUCUGCCGUGUGUUGGCUUUCUCACUGCUCUCACCGAGUUUAUGUGGUAACGUUACAGCACUAGGGGGAUGGAGUAAAGGAAGGAAGUCAUGGAUCCAAUUGAAGAGAAAACAAGCAAAACGGUCGACAUUUAUCGCGAUACAUGGGUCCGCUUCCUAGGCUAUGCCAAUGAAGUCGGGGAGGCUUUUCGUGCUCUGGUACCAGUGAGUUUGGUAUGGGGCAGCUAUGCUGUGGCCACUAUGUACGUUACUGCUGAUGCUGUGGACAAAGGGAAGAAAGCAGCUCUGGCCCACGGGGACAAGCCAGGGAAGACAACACGAGUAGCGGUGGCAGUGGUGGACACGUUUGUGUGGCAGGCCCUCGCCUCUGUGAUCAUACCGGGCUUCACCAUUAACCGUGUAUGUGCUGCGUCACUACACCUGCUGGGCAGAACCACCAAGUGGCCCCUGCCCGUCCGCAAGUGGACCACUACAGCUAUAGGCCUCUCUACAAUCCCCUUCAUUAUUUCUCCUAUAGACAGGUCAGUGGAUUUCCUGCUUGACUCGAGCCUUCGGAAGGUCUACAAUGAGGAAGAGAAGCACAAAUAAGGACGCAUCGUGCAGAACAAAUGGCCCCCUCCUGGGUAGAGACCAGUCCAGUCUAUGUCAACCUGUGCUGGUUAUCCACCACUGUGAAGCACUAGUGUGAAGAAGAAUUUCAUGGGGCAGACUCCACAGUUAUUCAAAUAUAUAAACAAAAAAAAUAUUUCAGAAUUAUAACCUUUCUAUAAGUAAGUGAAGUUGUUCCUGCUUCAUGAAAUAUCCCUUGGGGAUCCUUAAUUCCAUCCUCUUAGGGCAAUCUGGAUAGUGACACCAACAUUUUUUAAACCAGAAAUGUAACGGUAUGAAAUAUGUAUAAAUAUUCAGUGAAAUCCUGCUUCUUGAGCUUACCUCAUGUCCAAAUGUCAAGGAGAUUAAAUACAAAUCUGCACUUGCUGUGUUUAUUAGCCACAGUGGUACAAUUAUUACAAGCCAAAAAAGCCAGUUUGCCAUAAUGUCCCUCUUAUUCAUUCCUCACUUAAAGUUAGUCUUUGACUGGUUUUUGUUUUUUUUCUGAAAACAAAGGUUACUGCUACUUUGAAUAGUCCUCUGAUGGACUUUUUCAUUGUUUAAUAUUACUUUACUGUUGGUCAUGGGAGUUAAGGUUUGCACUGGGGGCAUUUUUUACACCACGGUUACAAUCUAUGUUAUUCUAAAUGGUAUAAGGUUCUUUUAAACUAAGAAUACUUGUAGUACCAUCAAAUAGAACUUCACAAGUAUUUGAAUUAUUUCUCACCAAUAUCUAAACUGUAUUUUUGAGAUACAAUACUUUAACUUCUUCUGAAAAUGUUAGACAUACCAGUUUCAGACAUCUGUAACUAAUUUAAAACUGUUUUGAAAUAUUAUACUCCUCCAAACAAGCUUUUAGUUUUGGGUGUACAGUUUAAACAGGAUUUCCGUCAGGAGAUUCCUAUCUAGUACAUGUACAUUAAAUUUAGUGUUGAACUUCUCAAAUACUUGUGGAGGUCAGUGUCAUACCUAUGCAGAAACGGGUUCUUUUACAGAUACUGUACAUCUGUAUAAUUUCUUAUGCAUUUCUUUGAGGAGCCAAGUCAUAUAUUGUACUUAUAUAAUCACGUCGUUAUUCUGAUGGGAUUACAUUUCACUGGGGUUGUACCUCAUACAAUACAGAUUAAUUGAUUGAUAUACUGUAUCUCAUGCUGAACUAUGCAAGGGAAACUCGGGAACGUGUACAUAUGUUAGCUUCGCAAAUGAUAGGGAUUGUUCUCCCGCUGUUGUGAAAUAAGAAGGGAAAUCUGAUACAAGCUAGCUUGAAAUUAGACAGAGGAACAUACUGUAUAGCAUAUACUGUAUAUACAGUGUACCUUUCUAGCAAUAACUUUUGUUUAAUGUGUCAAUCCAUAUUCUUUGUGGUUCACUUUGUCAUGGAGAGUUAUGCUGAAAGACAAGAUUGUUAAAACUUGGGGUGCACCAAUUAUGUUUUUACUUGCUGAUACAGCCUGUUCAAUAUUAUUUGAUAAAACCAGAUCAGGUCAAAGUGAACAAUGUUUUUUGUUGGCAUUUUAAAAGAUUGAAAAACAUGUGCUCAAGGCUCCAGUGUGUGCAGUGUGGGAUGUUUUCAUUCACUUAUUAAGCACAAAGCUUACUUUUACCUUGCGUAAGGGUAUGGAUCCAAAAUGUACUUUUUCGUCCAUCAGCCAAAUGGUUAAUGAAUGUUCAAAUUUGACCAGCCACUCAAUAGAUUACCAUUGUUUUUUGACUGAGUGAAGCAAAUCUACCAGCCACUUGCAUAUUUUACCAGCAUUUGGUUAGUAGAUGAUGGUGCUAAUUUUGGAUGCUGGGUAUGGAUCUUUUUAAUGUCAGGCAAUUUGACUUGUCAUAGCAGGGAAAGUACAAGUGUAAGUAAGGCCAUACUUUCUUUAAGUGUCCCAGUAUGCCAGUGAUUAAGUGCAUUGUAACAUGGCCUGGAACUGGGCUUUAAUAAGCAUAUUGGUGCACCCCUUGUGAAAAUCUAUUCAUAUUCAGUUUUACCAUUUCAGAUUGUACACAGAACUUCUUUGUAUUUUUAUUGUUACAUGAUCCAAAUAAAAAGGAACUGUCUUCGAUGUUUUCUUAUGUGGCGGUGUGUUCGGAAGUGGGUUUUAUGAGACAUUUUCA